AUUGCUUGAAAAUGGCAUCAAAAUACAUGCAAAUUGCGAAGGAAGUGAUCAAAAUGUUCGGGACAAAAGGACAAUUCGGUUAUGCGGCUGGAGCACGGAAUGUGAGAGCAGUUCAUGCGGAGGAAGGAAAUCUACGAGUGGAAUUCGAAGUUGAAAAGGAUCAGACAAAUCAAUUCGAGACACUUCAUGGUGGAUGUACAGCAGCACUUAUCGAUUGUUUCACAACUGGUGCUCUUCUACUCACAAAGGAAGCGAGGCCUGGUGUUUCAGUGGAUUUGCAUAUUACAUACUUGACAGCUGCAAACAUCGGAGAAACUCUUGUACUCAACUCUACUGUCAUCAAACAGGGGCGCUCUCUUGGAUUCACUAAGGCAGAACUCUAUCGUAAAAGGGACAAUGCAAUGAUUGCUACUGGAGUCCACACCAAGGCGUUCCCAAAGUGAUCGCUCACCAUAAAAUAAAUAAUGUUAUAUGCAAAUUAAACUAGAAUUAUUUUACCAUGUAUUCCAUUUCAUUUCAGAAAAUAAAUAUCUUUAUCAAUAU